AAGGAUUUAAAAUACCUUAUUAUAAAGCUUGCUCCUCUCUCUUCGGUAUCAUGGGCGAGCUGUGCCAUGCAUGGACCUACAAACCUUCCUUAUUGAUUGUUAUUAUUUUGUUAUCAAUUUCAUGUAUGGUGCAUUGUUCAGAGAAUGUAGGAUCCAUUGGAAAAGUGUACCCACGAGGGAAUCACUGGGCAGUAGGUAAGAUACCUAUUAUUAUUUAUAUUUAUAUAAAAGAAGAAUACAUUAUUAUUGAUCAUUAUUGACAUAUUAUUAUUAUAUACUUCAUUUGUUGAGAUUGUGUAGGAUGGAUCAAGUUUGUUUAGAGAUUUACAAAACUGAUGGGAAACCUUCAAUUCAAGUACUUUAUCGCCCCUAAGUUUCUGAUUAAAUUCUUGAACUGAUGUAACAAAAUAUAACUUAAUGUGGACGGCCAACUGUUACAUAUGUUUUGUAUGAUCUCCUUUUUCUCAAGUUGUAUAUCCAGAAAGAUAAAUAUGCUAUUUGGUGGGCAAGUGACAUUUACUGUGAAAUGUUCCUGGGUGUUUGAGAAAGCUCAGAGCACAUUUUCAUCACAAAGAGGUUGUAACCCAUUAUUCAAGUAGCAACCAAGCUCUGAAUCAGCUCACUCAACAGAACUCUAACUUCAAUGUUCAAUCUUCCUCAGUGAUCCAUCAAUUCUUUAUGUACAAACUGCUUUUCAGGUCACUUGAUGGGAAAGAAAAGCCUUGACAGGCUUUCUGGAUCAGAGGAGAGCAGCAACAGGGACAGUGACUACAGGUAUAGACCGUCUACAGAGAAAGACAAGCUGCUGGAUAGAUAUGUGCAGCCGUCCAAGCUGGUGCGACCCUUCAUCAGGGCUCUGGGGGGACUGGAUAACCAGAACCAGAGACACGAACAGGGACAGGCUCCCUCUCGGCUGGCGCUCCCAAAGACGAGACAGUGGGAAGAGACAGACAGAGACAGAUACCUCAAACAGGUUAGUAACUUAACCAGCAUCCAUUAGGUGAAUGCCUGUCUUUCCCUUUAUCGUAUGUAGCCUACUGUACUCAUCGCAUCACAGUUACUAUUCAACAAGUCAGCUACUGCUCUCUUCAUUGUCUGUAUUUAUCAGAAUAUAAAUGUUUGUCUUCAUUGUUAACUUCAUGUUUGAGUUUAGUAACAAAAAUAUAUUUAUGAAGUACUGUAUGUUUAUUUAGAAACCUAUAAUAAUAUCUUAUUGCAGGUUUACUUGGUUCAGAUAUAAGUAAAUUGUUGUUUUCCUGCAUUUCCACUCCAUAGCUGACAGACCUCAUUCGAUUGGCUUUCAAAAUGAAGGAGAACACUGAAGAUAGCUUCAGCUGA